CAUGAUUUUCAUAUUUAUCGCCGCUCUUCUUUUACCAAUUUCAUACGUUUCUGCUGGAGCGGAUCUUGAUGUCCCAACUAACAUUGCCAACAGAACCAUGGCAGUCAAAGGACAACUGUAUUGUGGAAAGAAGCCUUUCGAAGGAGCCAAGAUCCGACUUUUCAGAACAUUUCAACCAAAUGCAGCAGAUGAUCUCGCCGAGCUACUCGACGUAAAGAACACAUACAUUACGGGAAUGUUCCAAGUUGAAGGAGGUACCGCGAGAUUCCCACGUACCAAAACCGAUAUCCAGCCAUAUGUCACAAUUCAUCACAACUGCGGAAUGGACAAUAAGCAAACAUCCAAUUACGGCUACAAACGAAUUGGUGUCCGUCUUCCAGAAGAUUACGUAACACUCGGAAUCAAAGCAAGAAAGGUGUAUGACUUUGGAAUUCUCAAUUUGGAGUUGGAGUUUCCACAAGAGACCCAUGAUUUGAAGUUCAAAUUCACCGAUUAAAUUUAACUUUUCUUUCACAAUUUUUUUCUUCAUUAUAUUUCACAUCAAAUAUUUUGAAUUUUAUUUAGAAGUUGUUCCCCAUGAAUGCAAUCAGUAAAAUUUCUCUUCUCAUUUC